AUUAACACCUUAAAAUAAUAUUAUAAUCAGUAAUUCAGUUUUAUGUACGAUUUGAAUAGUGGUAAAGAUAUUACCAUCCGAAAGAUCCACGAACGGAUCAUUCAUGUAUUUAUCAUCGAAUAACAAUAGAUCCAGUGUGUGUGUGAUAGGUUUAUUUGGUUGAUAUUUACCGAAAUCUGAAUAUUCUUUGAAGUAAGCCUAACUUGUAUAUUAUCUCACAGUUUAACGUAUACUAAUUUUAACAGUAUGUUUUAAUAGCUGCGUUUGUUUUGUUUUUAAUUUAAAGUCUGUUAAACAAAGGCAGGUGAGGUAUUUUUCUGUGUCCGGAAGGUACCACUAUGUGGCGCUGCAGUUGUAUAUUCUGAUUAUUAGUUUUAUGACGGUCGUGUGGUGAGACCACAGCAUUGAUUUCCUGUUCGCUCGACAUACUAUAUAUAAACAGUGCUUGAGGUUAAUUACAGUUUUUAUAAAGCUACAUAGGUUAUUAUUAAUCCUUGGGGUGACAAACAGAUUUCAAUUGUUCGAAGUUUUUCCCCUGCCCACUACAGUCACUCUGGUCAUUAGAUUUCGGUACACGGAGUUUUGCGUGUGCGCAGUCUGACGUCACAUAAUGGCGGGGACUCUGUGUUUUCUUGGUGGAUUGAUGUUUCUGAACGCUGUAAUCAAGCUGGUUGAAUGUUUAGAUCUUCCCAGAAUUCAACCGUUCACCUUCCCAACAAAAGCUGAACUACAUACUCGUGUUAAUGUUCUCUGCAGUUUAUCCAAAGGUACCUUACCAGUUACAUUUAUGUGGAUUAAAUACAGUGGGCCUCUUGUGGAACUGGCAGACAAGAUAGAGAUACUCUCACAAAGAGACUCUUCACAGCUGCAGAUAAAGAAUCUCAGUGGAGAAGAUGUUGGCAAUUACACAUGUGUUGCUAAAAAUACUGCUGGAGAAACCAGAUUUACAGCUGAGUUACUGGUAGAAGGUAGGAAAAUAAAGCCAGUUUUACAGUGGAGUUAAUAGUAGAAGGUGGGACGCUGAAGUUAAAUGUUUGAGUAAUCAAAAAUUAUAGUUUGUGAUCUGUCUGUUAAAAUUAAUUUUUCCUUUUUUUAAUUGAGAUUGAAUUUUAUACAUCAAGGAUUAUAUUAAAAUCACAUGAACUUAUUGUUUCUGAAUGUUAGUAAAUGCAAUGUUUCUCAUUGUUAGUCCACAAAUGGAG